CCUGACGCAUGCACGAUAUAAUGAAACCUCGCCGAGCAAUUUAAAACGGAUAAUGCCACGUAGGUCAAGAUUCUCUAUGUGGCGAAGCCGGACGCACCGCUUGACUCUGCCGACGACUGCACCGGAAUAUGCCUCCCCGGCGAGUGACCUGGAUCGACUCUCGUCACUUUCCCGAAAAGUAUAAAUGUCUCUCAUUCACACUCCCCAUCCUCGUGCCCUAGCCGUCCGUUACUCCUUUUUCCAGCCGCAACCUGCUGAAAAUAUCCUCAAUUUCUGCUCCAGACACGCAAUUUUUCUUUGCAUUUUCACGCAAUCCAGCUGAAAAUUGGCGUUUUUCUUCAGUAAUUGUUUAUACUCGGAAUACGAAGGGGUUUUCUUGUUAAGGUUGGUUGGUGGUGAGGGCUUCGAGCUGUCGGUGCGGUAAUGGGAGAGGCAGAAGUGGCUUUUUCCGGUUGGAGGGGUUUCAUUUCUUUGCUGUUUUGAGCUUAUGGGGUCACACAAUUUCGGCGGCUGUGCAGGCGGUGUUCGGACUAAGGCCUUGCGGGAGGAAGCUGAGGUUCGAAAAUUGGAAGGUGUUUCCGCUGGAAUUAAACGUCCCUUUAACAAAUGGACCUCUGCAGCCAGCCGAAAAGGUGAGGUUUGUGCUGUUUAUUCCUCUUCAGUAGCUUCUUGGAACAAUGCUAUAGAAGAUGAAGUUUGUAGGGAUGUUGAUCAGCAAUCAGUUAUCUGGAGCAAGGAAACAUCUGAAGGCCACAACUCUAGUACUAAUGUUGCAAAGACAGCCAAACUAAAUGCUAGGUCACAGCUUAAACCUCGGAAAGCUGGAAGGAGUGCUUCUGGUAGUUCUAAGGGGUUGAAGAUGUUAGAGGUGGAUGGCUCUGUCCGUAAAACUGGUGAAGAUGAUGCAAGACCUAUAGAAACUUUAUCAAAUCAUGCAAGCUGCAAUAAUGAAGAGAAAGUUCACAUGCCUAAGUUAAGGAACAACUCAACUGGCAAGAGAGGGGACAAGAGACUUGGAAAAACUUCAAGGGGUAAUUUAUGUCUAAAGAAUGGCUUGAUUAGCUUCUCUUCAGCUGCAAGUGGACACAACUUUCUUGGAAAUUAUGGUUUGAAAUCUGACACUUUGGACGUGGCUGAAAAAAUGGAGGAUAUGUCUUUGGAGGAGCUUCUUGAUGGCAGUUAUAUGAGUCCUCUUUUCACCAAAGACAAGGAAAAGAAGGCUACAAGCUCAAAUGAAAGUCUUCUUCAUGCGAUUAGAAAUGCUUGCUCUCUACUUCAGAAACCUGAACGGGUCAAGAGUUGCUCAGAUGAUGAUAAGAUAGCUGAGCCCAUGCAUAUUGCCUCUUCUUCAGCAACUGAAGCUGAUGGCAAUAAAGCAGAUGCCUGCACUUCGGCUGUAUCUUCAUAUGAUAAGCUUCAAUUGAUGACUGCUGGCGAGAGGGAGAGAAACUGCUGGCGAGAGGAAGAGAAGCUGCUGGCGAGAGUUUGCCUGUCAGUCUCGCCACUUGCACCGCCGCAGGCCAGACAGCACCUCCAACAACAAACGUCGCACACCGGCACACCCCUGGGGCAGCAACUCCGAUUUCGCAGGGCGCAGGGCAGACCGCGGAAUGGAGCUCAAGAAUUGGAAGCCUAACUGCUCAGUCCGAGACUCCGAGGAAGCGUGUGGUAAGAUUAAAACAGCUGAAGCUUGUGUCAAUCUUCCACCAUGCAAACGCGUGGAUAUUUUGAAGCACAUUUCACUCCCCCCAACAAAGGAUUUGGAUGCUUUGCUUCUUGAUGCAACCAAACACACAUCUUCCAGAAACAACCCUGAUCCUCGUCUAGGCAAGCCAACAUCAUCGCAACGAAUUGGCUUGCAUCCUUUUCCUUGGUCACAUGGGUACUCCGGAAACCACAAAUCUGGGCCUGAUGCAUCGAAACCAUCAACAAGUAGGACAGCUUGCCAAGGCAAGUGGGUAAGGGUGAAAGACAUAUUUACUCCUCAAGAAGGAUGUCCUAGUUUUGCAGUAGAUUUGCAAUCUCUCACUUAUGAUCACAGUCUAGUUCCAUCAGGAAGUAAACCAUCUGUGAUUCCAGAAAGAGGAAAUCAGAUCAAACAUCCUUGUGACACUCAAAAUGGUGAACCCCUAGAAAGUCAAAGUCAGAGUCAUGUUCCUUCAGGAGGUCAAACAUCUGACCUUUCAGAAAAAGGAAAUACCCCAGCAGUCCAAACUGAAUUUGCUUCCUUUGACAGAGUUCUUUCAUCAUUCGCUACUUGUUCUAUUUCCCAAGUUUCUUCAGAGGAACCAUCCCCAAGGUGUUUGACCGCUGCACGGACACUGUGUGAAAUUGCAACCCGAUCAGUGAAGCGCAGAACGAAUGGAACGGUAAAGUGUUUUAAUAAACCUAGUCAAAAGUCCACAAGAGCUCCUCCAAAGCUGAAGUUGAGUGAGAAACCAGAAAAACCAUUUGCAGCACCAAAGAGUAUGGAUAUGAUGAGAGCUUGCGAGGGGAUGCUUCCACCCAAAAGACCUAAACUAAUGUUGGACGGAGAGAGAAACGGAAAAGCCAUUCCGAGAAACUCUGACAGAAAGCAUUGGUCGGCUCCACGAUCAGUUAGACCGUCUUCGAGCAAAUAUUAUAAAGACACAACAAGUUCAGAAACAAAAGGUCACAGUAACAGCAGCUUUGUAGAUAAAUUAUAUAUGAUUAAGGGAUGUAGUAGUCAGCAAAAAGCAUUCAAGUAGCAAGAUGAUGACUGAAGCUCAUCAACAAACAAGGGCUGUAUAUGAAGAUUCAUUCUGUUUUAACUUUUAGAUCUCACCAAAAGUGGUAGGUGUUUUGUAAAUUCCGUCUGUAUGAAGAAAGAAGGGAGCUGGUGGCCGUGAUCUUGAUUUCAGGAGAAACAGGCAAGCCUGCCCUGUUGUAUCAUUAUUAUUUGUUUAAUGUUAUGUAAUCAGAACUGUAAUAUCCAAUCAAAUAUUCUUCCUUCUCCAUCUUUCAUGUAAAGUGGUUCGAAUUUAUUAUCUCCGCUCAUAAAAUGUACGGUAGAGGAUUGGAGUUAAAGGUCUUACAAAUUUGGUGGGAUGGUAAGAAAAGGAUAAUAGAAACAUGUCACAACUCGC